AUGGCGCUCCUCCUUCCCGCGACGUGCGGUGCCCACAUCGUCGCAGGCCUUCCUCCCCUCCGCAGACCGACGCGCUCCUCGUCUCACCGCGCUGCACCGCGCCAUUUCAGUGCGCUAACUGGCAGAACUGUUCUUUCCCACGGGACGAACCCGAGCGCUUAUCAGCUCGCGUCGCUCGUUCCGCUGCCGCUAAUCGCCCACGCAGCAGCCGCGUCAGCGAAGCUUCAGCGAAACGCCGCGCUCAAGUUGCGCGCCGUCGCUCGCCAAACAGAAGCGUCGCAGGAUAUCCCGUCAGAAUCGUCGCAGGCGAAUGCGUCGCAAAGCAGGCCAGCCUCCUUCACUUUUAAGGCGGCUUCGGCGGCUGUAGCUGCAGCUGUAGCCGCCGCUACAUCCGCGUUUUCCGCAUUCACCGCUCCUGCGGCGCUCGCCGUCGAUUCCGACGCGCUCUCCCGCUACGAGCAAAUCGCCGGCAAGGCCGUGCAGCGCUCCGUCGUUACAAUCACUUCCGCUGCCGCCACUGGGCCCGUCAAUGCCACGUCGGCUGGGGAGGCCGCCGGCGCUGCCGUCGCCGGGUCCGCCGCUGGGGAGGCCGCUAGCGCCGUUGCUUCCGCCGUAUCUGACGCCGUCUCUGCCGCCGCACCUGCCGCCGUGACUGAAGCCGCGUCGGCUGCCGCCUCUGCCGCCACUUCCGCCGUCACUUCUGCAGCGGCUGGAGUCGCCGACCUGUUCACCAGCGCCGUCCCCGCCGCCGCUUCCGCCGCCGUAUUUGACGCCGAAGUGGCCCUCGCUUUCGCGGCCGCAGCGGGAGCGACGGCGCUGCUCGCGGGGGCGUUCUCGUUUCUCACGCGGAAGCAGUAUGCGGGCGAUUUGACCCCAGAAGCAGCUCUGGAAAAGGUGCUCGAAGCGCCUGGGGAGGAGUGGGAGGAAGAGGGCGAGGCUGUCGUUCUUCUCGACAUUCGCGACGGCAAGGAGAAAAGCCGAUCGGGUAACCCGACGCUGAAAAGCUCGCCGAAACGACUGGUGGCCGUGGCGUAUCGCGAAGACUCUCUGAAGCGGAAAGCAGAGGAGGGCGAGGGGGACGGGGAGGACGACGACGUGAUUGUUCUGGGUGAUAUUAAAGAGGGGUUCGUCGAAGCGGUUAAGGAGGCUAAAGCCGUCUCGGAUGGAUCGACAAUCAUCGUUAUUGAUAAGGCCGGGGAGGACGCCGUGGAUGUUGCCAAGGAGCUGACGUCAGCGGGCUUCAAGAAUGUCUUCGCCGUGGCUGGAGGAGCUGACGCGUGGCAGGAGGCGGGGCUGCCGUGGAAGAAACCGUUUCUCCCCUCACUCCCCUCACUCCCCUCACUCCCCUCGCUCCCCUCGCUCCCCUCGUUGAACCUCGGAAUCAACCUUGAAGAGUCUGUUUCUACAGUGAAAGAGGUCUUCACCACUGUAGAGAGCGGCGCAUCAACAGCAGCGUCAGCGGCGGCAUCUGCUGCUCCUGCAGCUCUCGGCAUUCUCGCUGCUGCUGGACUCUCCGUGGCCGUGCUGGCAGAGGUUGCAGCACUCGGCAUUCUCGCUGCUGCUGGGCUCUCCGUGGCUGUGCUGGCAGAGGUGUGUGGUGCAGCACUCGGCAUUCUCGCUGCUGCUGGGUUAUCCGUGGCCGUGCUGGCAGAGGUGCGCGUUCACUCGUGGGUGACUGGGUUUGGUUUAUUGAAGGGUGCGUGGGAUGGGCGGGAUGGGGGGGAUGGGGAGAUGGCAGUGCAGCUCUCCGCAUCCUUGCUGCUGCUGGCCUCUCCGUGGCCGUGCUGGCAGAGGUGCGCAUGGGGUAAUGCGCAUGGGGUAAUGCGCAUGGGGCAAUGCGCAUGGGGUAACAAUGCGCAUGGGGUAACAAUGCGCAUGGGGUAA